AGAGCCAUUGCCCAGAGAAGGGAUGAGGGCGUCUGCAGCCUGUCCCGGGGGAUUUCCCUGCUCAGCGAGAGGGGAGGAGACGAGGGGCAGCAGCCGCUGAGCCAGUCCCUGCAGGGUGCCGGGAGCUGUGGGGGCAGGGAGGACGGGGUGUUUCAGAAGCCGGAGCCGGGGUUUGCAGAGCUGGAGAAGAGACUCAGCGAUUUCGCUCUGCAAAGCGCCCACCUGCAGGAGGUGCUGCUGGGAUUCAAAGAGACGCUGCAACUGGAGCUGGGGAGCAACACAGGCUGCAGAAUAACAUCUGAGGGUCCCUCCAGACUCUCCCAGCCUGCCCGGGGAAGGGAAAUGGAUGCGGUAGAGCUGGCUCAGGGGUCGGUGACCUUCGAGGAGGUGGCUGUGUAUUUCACCAGGGAAGAAUGGGCUCUGCUGGACCCCGCUCAGAGAGCCCUCUACAGAGCCGUCAUGCAGGAGAACUACGAGAAUGUGACCUCACUGGAGUUUCCAGUUUUCACACCUGAAGUGAUCUCCUAUCUGGAAGAAGACAAAGAGCCGUGGGUCCCAGAUCUCCAUGAUUCAGAGGAAAGAGAGAUCCUGAGAGGUACCUGCACAAGGGAGGAAUCAUUCAAUCAAUUAAAAACCUGUCCAUGUCUGAAGGACACAGCUGAGGUUCCCGACAGAGACCUUGUGAGUUCUCCGAGUUCAGGAUUGUCCCCAGCAGGUGAUGGGAUGCUGAGUGAGAAGAAGGAGCACCAACCUCAGCAGGAAGAUGCUGAGCAAGACGAACCACACGGGGCAUUAUUGCAAAUAUCUGAGGAGGAUGUGUCCAGGAGUGGUGAGCAGAGAGAAGGUUGUCAGAGUCAACACAGGCCAGAGAGGAAGCAGGGAAACAAGCCAAGGGAGAAAUUGAAUAAAUCCAUUAAUAGUUGGGGACCUCACAAAUACGUCAAGGAAACCACAACCCAGCAGAAAAUCCAGGCAGGAGCGAGAAACAACACGUGCUCUGAUUGUGGGAAAAAUUUCAGUAGUCGCUCAGUUCUUCUUAAACAUCAGAGGAUCCACACAGGGGAAAGACCCUAUGAAUGCCGUGAGUGUGGGAAAAACUUCACUCAGAGCUCAUCCCUUAUUAAACAUCGGAGAAUACACACGGGAGAGAGACCCUAUGCGUGCUGUGAGUGUGGGAAAGCCUUCACUCAGAGAUCAUCCCUCAUUACACAUCAGAGGAUCCACACAGGGGCGCAAUCCUAUGCAUGCUCUGAAUGUGGAGAAAGCUUCACUCGGCGCUCAAACCUGAUUGUACAUCAGCGAAUUCACACAGGAGAAAGACCCUACCAAUGCUGUGAGUGUGCGAAAAACUUCACCAACAGCUCCUCGCUUAUGAAACAUCAGAGAAUCCAUACGGGAGCCAGACCUUAUGAAUGCCACGAGUGCGGGAAAACCUUCACCCGCAGCUCACACCUCAUUGCACAUCAGAGAACCCACACGGGAGAGAGACCCUAUGAAUGCUGCGAGUGCGGGAAAACCUUCACUGAUAGCUCAGACCUUAUUAAGCAUCAGAGAAUCCACACGGGAGAGAGACCUUAUGAAUGCAGUGAGUGCGGGAAAAGCUUCAUGGACAGCUCAGACCUUACUAAGCAUCAGAGAAUCCACACGGGAGAGAGACCUUAUGAAUGCAGUGAGUGCGGGAAAAGUUUCACUCACAGCUCAGCCCUUAUGACACAUCAGAGAAUCCAUACAGGAGAAAGACCCCACGAAUGCUGCGAGUGCGGGAAAAGCUUCACUCAGAGCUCGGACCUAAUUAAACAUCAGAGAAUCCACACCGGCGAGCGGCCCUAUAGAUGCGGUGAAUGCGGGAAAAGCUUCACUUGGCGCUCGAGCCUAAUUACACAUCAGAGAUUCCACACAGAAGAGAGACCCUAUGGGUGCCGUGAGUGCGGGAAAAAAUUCUUUGUCAGCUCAGCGCUUCGGGAACAUCAGAGGAUCCACAUUGGAGCCAGACCUUAUCAAUGCGGUGAGUGCGGGAAAAACUUCACUCGCAGCUCGAACCUUAUUAGACAUCAGAGGCUCCACUCAGCUUAGAGACACUCUAGAUGCUCUGAGUGUGGGAAAAGUUUCUAUCAGAACUCAGCCCUUACUUAUCCCCAGAGAAUUUGCAAGGGAAACAAACACAAUAAAAACCUUAUUUAAGGCUGA